CCUUAAAAUGAUUUUGUAGGCUUUUUCAUCAAUCUUAAACCUUCUUGUUCUUCUUUUAUCUGUGUCUCAGUACACUUCAUCUUUAUCAUCAACACUUCCCAGUGACUUCUCCCUCUCAGUGGAUGAACCAGAAGAUGUUCUUGUCUCACCAAAUGGCACCUUCACUGCUGGCUUCUAUGCCAUUGGUGAAAAUGUAUGUCUUCGCAAUCUGGUUCACUCAACUUCCUCAAUCUUCCCCAAACUCGAACGUGGUUUGGGUCGGCAACCGUGACCAACCUGUCAAUGGAAAACGUUCAUCACUUUCCCUCCUUAGAUCAGGAAACCUUAUCCUCUCCGAUGCCGGACAGAGGAACGUGUGGUCAAGCGACACCUCUUCAUCUUGGCCGACCAGAUUGACUCUCAACGACAAUGGAAAUCUUGUACUCUAUGAGAUCCGUUCACAAGAGUCAAAUGUUAUAUGGCAGAGCUUUGAUUUCCCAACAGACACUCUCCUCCCUGGCCAACAACUCAUGAAUGACACACAGCUUGUCGCUUCGAGAAGUGACACCAACCUUUCCUCUGGCUUCUACAAGCUCUUCUUCGACGACAACAACGUUCUUCGCCUUCUCUAUCACAGGUUCGACGUCUCGAGUGUGUAUUGGCCAGCGCCGUGGAUGUUGAGUUUUGAAGCUGGAAGGAGCGCAAACAAUAGUAGCAGAGUCGCAGUGUUAGAUUCUCUUGGAAGUUUCAUUUCAACAGAUAACUACAGAUUUACGACUUCUGAUUAUGAGGUAUCGACGCAAAGAAAAUUGAAAAUCGAUCCUGAUGGGAACCUUCGAGUGUAUAGCUUACAGCAGAAUGAUCAAUGGUUCGUGUCGUGGCAAGCUAUAGCUGAUUCUUGUCAUGUCCAUGGAAUAUGUGGAGUCAAUAGCAUGUGCAAGUACGAUCAUAGCAUUAAUAAAAGGAAGUGCUCGUGUCUGCCAGGAUAUAGAGUGAAGAACCAUAGCGAUUGGUCUUACGGGUGUGAACCCAAGUUUGAAUUCUUAUGUGGUCAAAAUUUCUUAAAAUUGCCCAGUGUUGAGUUCUACGGAAAUGACCAUGUCUAUAAGCUAAACAUUAGUUUCAAGAACUGCAAGGAUUUGUGCAUACAAGACUGCGAGUGCAAAGUUUUUCAGCACACAUUCGGAGAAGACAUAGGUCUAUUUAGGUGCUAUAUCAAAAGAACUCUGGUCAGUGGGAUUAAUUCACCAAUUUUUCGAGGAACAACCUACUUAAGACUGCCUAAAUCCAGUACACCUUCGUUCCUUGAAGAAGAAGAAUCUUCCCUUGAUAGUGGUGACGUUUGUUUCGUGAAGCUUGAAAGAGCCUCAGAGCACGACAACAGUUUUGUCAAGUUUCUUCUUUGGUUUUCCAUCGCUGUUGGGGUGCUUGAAGUCCUCUGUAUAUGUCUAAUUUGGUGUUCUUUGAUUAGACCCACAAAGGACUCUGAUGCAAAUCAACAAGUCUACAAUUUUCUGUCUCCUUUUCGGUUCAGAAAAUUUACUUACCCUGAGCUAAAACAAGCAACCAAAGGGUUCAGAGAAGAAAUUGGAAGAGGAGCAGGUGGAAUAGUGUACAAAGGAGUACUGUCAGAUCAACGAGUCGCUGCAAUAAAGAAGCUGACUGGUAAUAAUGUUGGAGGCAAGCAAGAAGAAGGAGAAUUUAUGGCUGAAGUAAGCAUAAUCGGUAGGCUCAACCAUAUGAACUUGAUUGAAAUGUGGGGGUAUUGUGCUGAGGGAAAGCACAGGCUAUUGGUGUACGAGUACAUGGAAAAUGGUUCUUUAGCAGAUAAUCUCAAAUCAAACACCCUGGAUUGGACCAAAAGGUACAACAUUGCUCUGGGAACAGCAAGAGUACUAGCAUACCUACACGAAGAAUGCUUGGAGUGGAUUCUGCAUUGUGACAUAAAGCCUCAGAAUAUCCUUCUGGAUUCAAAUUACCAGCCCAAGGUAGCAGAUUUCGGCUUAUCUAAGCUCAGAAAUCGGAAUGACCAAAACAGUCAGAGCUUCUCAAUGAUAAGAGGAACGCGGGGAUAUAUGGCGCCAGAGUGGGUUUUCAAUCUGCCAAUAACAUCGAAGGUGGAUGUGUAUAGUUAUGGGAUCGUUGUAUUGGAGAUGAUGACAGGAAGGAGUUCCAUGACGAUGGAAGUUCAUAGUGAUGAUGGAGAAGAGACUCAGAAUGUGAGGCUUGUGACGUGGGUGAGAGAGAAGAAGAAGAAGACGACGUCAGAGGAAGGGUCGUCUUCACUGUGUUGGGUGGAGCAAAUAAUUGAUCCAGCAAUUGGAUCAGAGUACGAGGCUGAGAAGAGGAAGAUGGAAACUUUGGCAAGUGUAGCUUUGAAGUGCGUCAUGGAAGACAAAGAGGCAAGGCCCACAAUGAGCCAAGUUGUAGAAAUGCUUCAGAGCCAUGAAGACAAUGCUUCUUAGUCAUGGCAGCUUAGUAGAAUCUUUACGUACCGUCUCUUUGACGAUGUUGUCUAUCUUCGUCAUUAGUUCUCUUUGGGGAUAAAAGGACAUGAUUUACUUCGCAGAAACAUUUGUGGGCAAUCAUGCGAAAUCCAAUUUAUUGAUAAAGUGACUUUCUUAAAGUAGGGGUAACGAAUUUGUCCAAAUGUAUAUCUCUGAACUAUGUAUUGCUGUAUUAGUUGAGUAGUGUGUUAAAAUGACAAGUCUCAUUCUGUUCGAAUAAGGAUUUGGAUUUGAAAAAUGACAAUGUAUCCGACUUAUUUAUCACUUAUCAUA